AUGGAAAAUCCUCAUCAUACAGUGACAACAAAACGAAUGGAACGAUUCACAGCGGGUGGACAAUUAUUAUCGGUUACUGAUGUGGUAAGUAGAAGGUGUAGUCUAUUGCUUCUCCCAAAUUUCACUUUUUAAUACCCUUUUCUUUUUUCAAACAAUUUUUCUCGUUUCCAUUCUAGAAAACCACACAUUUUGACGAUCAAAUGCCGAGAACCAAUUAUUCAACUUCUACUUCUGGUUCAUUUGUCGGAAACAGGCCUCCUCAAGAUUCUGAAUUCACUCUUCGAUCAAAUUAUACUACAACCACAACAUUUCCAGCAGGAUUACCGCCAAGACCUCCACCAAGAGAAAGAGAAUAUUACCGGAUUCCUAGACCAAGUGUAGAACGGGAACGGGAACGCGAGCCACCGAGGGAGAGAGAAUAUCCUAUCAGAAGUAGGUUUUACAGAUCACAAAAAAAUUGUGUAGAUAUUUUCAGAAAUUGAUCGUGUUGUUCCUCAUGAAAUAAUUCGUGAGUAUAGCAAAAAUCCUAGCAAUGAGUCAACUGGAGAUUGGAGAACUACUGAUUCUUAUGUUCGCAAAACAUCGAUUCUCAAGUGAGAAAAAAUUUUUCGAUUUUUUGUAAAGAAAAGAUUGAUGCUGAAAUUUGCAGACCAACAUCUCAAACUCUUCCUCCACCACCACCUCCACCUUCUUACCAAUCUCGAACUUCAACAUCACAACGUGUCGAAUGGCGUGAACCUUUAGAUUGUCUUAUAAACCGAAUCAAUAGAAUCCGCCAAUCUAUGGCAUGUCACCCACUUCAACCUUCUGUCAGAUUAGCUGAUAUUGCAGCACAAUGGGCAAGAAUGUUAGCAUUGAGAGGGGAAUUCAGGUAAAUUCUUUUUUUUUUCGAAAACGUCAAUGUGAAACGCAAAUUUAGAACCGAUCGCGAGCGUUACAUGAAUAUUUGGAUGGGAAAUCGGGUGACUGAAUCUGUUGCUGAUACUUGGUGGGAUGAAUCGGAAGAAUAUGGAACGCGGAACUUUUUGGAUGAUACAAAUUUAUCGUGGGUUGGCGUAGCCAGUGUUUUUUCUGAACAGUAUAGGCAAUUUAUUGUUGUUGCGGUUUAUGAAUAA